AUGGUGCCGCAGGUUGUGUGGAAGCCGGUGUGGAUGUGUUGGACACUGCUCGCCUCUCUCGCCUCUGCGGACUUGAAUUGCGCCCCUUCUCCGGCGAGGCAGCGGGGAUCGGUGUAUGUGCGCCUCGGGGCGGAGGGUUCGACGGGGCGAUGGCGUCGCGGGCUUUUGGACGAGUUCCCCGGGAUGGGCGCAGGCGGUCCGGGUCACGGCGGCAGCUCCCGCCCGGAGGCGGUGAAACUGACCAACCCUCGGCCGGAGGAGAUGGAACUGACCAGUACCACCUUCGCAUUGGCCGGUGAUUCCGCGCACAAUCAAGCCAUGGUUCAUUGGUCUGGACAGAACAGUAGCGUGAUUCUCAUCCUGACAAAGCUCUACGACCACAAUCUCGGGAGUGUCACGGAAAGCUCACUAUGGAGGUCAACUGACUAUGGAACCACGUAUGAGAAGCUGAAUGACAAAGUGGGCCUCAAAACUGUGCUGAGUUACCUGUACGUCUGUCCUACCAACAAGAGGAAGAUAAUGCUCGUGAGUGACCCUGAGAUUGAGAGCAGUGUUCUAAUCAGCUCAGACGAGGGCGCGACCUAUCAAAAGUAUCGCCAGAGCUUUCAGAUCCAAAGCAUGCUGUUCCAUCCGCAAGAAGAGGAUUGGAUCCUGGCCUACAGCCAAGAUCAAAAGUUGUACAGUUCCAGUGACUUUGGACGGAGAUGGCAGCUGGUCCAUGAGAGAAUCACUCCAAAUCGCUUCUACUGGUCUGUGGUGGGUUUGGACAAGGACCCAGACCUUGUGCACAUUGAAGCAAGGGCAGCAGAUGGAUAUGCUCAGUACAUCACCUGUAGAAUUCAGAACUGCUCAGAAGCAGCAAGCAGCACACCAUUUCCCGGUUACAUAGACCACAAUUCAUUGGUGGUUCAAGAUGACUACGUGUUUGCGCAGGUGACAUCUGGUGGACGGGUAACCUACUACGUGUCAUAUCGCAGAGAGGGCUUCGCACAGAUGAAGCUCCCCAAAUAUUCAUUGCCCAAGGAUAUGCACAUCAUCAGCACAGAUGAAAACCAAGUAUUUGCCGCUUUGCAGGAAUGGAACCAGAAUGACACGUAUAACCUGUAUGUGUCUGACGCAAGAGGAGCCUACUUCACUAUUGCUUUGGAGAAUGUGAAAAGCAGCAGAGGCCCAGAGGGGAACGUUAUGAUUGACCUUUAUGAGGUAGCAGGGAUAAAGGGAAUGUUCUUGGCUAACAAAAAGGUGCAAAAGCAGGUCAAGACCUUCAUCACAUACAAUAAGGGACGAGACUGGCGACUUCUGGAGGCUCCCGCCACAGAUCUGAGAGGCAAGGACCUUCACUGUCUUCUGCCAUACUGCUCCUUGAAUCUGCAUCUGAAUGUGGCACAGAAUCCUUACACAUCAGGCAACAUAGGCAGCAAGGACUCAGCACCGGGCAUCAUUGUGGCUUCAGGCAACAUCGGCCCUGAGCUAAAAAUGGACAAGGACAGUCCCACUGGCAGCAUGUUCAUCUCAUCAGACGGAGGGAACUCCUGGAGACAGAUAUUUGAAGAGGAACACAGCAUUUUAUUCCUGGAUCAAGGUGGUGCAUUGGUGGCCAUUAAACACACACCUCAACCAAUCCGGCAUCUGUGGCUGAGCUUUGAUGAAGGGAGAUCCUGGAGUAAGUACAGCUUCACCUCAGUUCCUCUCUUUGUAGAUGGAGUACUGGGUGAACCCGGAGAGGAAACUCUGGUAAUGACUGUGUUUGGUCACCUCAGCCACCGCUCUGAUUGGCAACUGGUUAAAGUGGACUACAGGUCCAUCUUCAGUAGGAGGUGCAUGGAAAAUGACUUUCAAGUCUGGAAGCUGCACAGUCAGGGAGAGCCUUGUAUCAUGGGGGAAACACGGAUAUACAAGAGACGCCGCCCAGCAACGCAGUGCAUUUUGGGGAAGAAAUACAGAGAAGUGGUGACAUCAGUGCCUUGUAAUUGCACAGACAAGGACUUUGAGUGUGAUUUUGGAUAUGAGCGUCACUCUGAUGGGAGAUGCUUACCAGCCUUCUGGUACAACCCAUCCUUCAUGACCAAGGAAUGUAGUACGGGACAGAGCUACCUCAACAGCACAGGUUAUCGGAAGGUUGGUGCCAAUAAUUGCACUGGAGGUGUCAGGGAUCAGUACACAGCCAAGCGGCAUCUGUGCUCCAGCCGGGCUCCACGGGGUCUGCACCUUGUCACCAGCGACGGAAUACUGGCCACUGUGUCGGGACAGAACGUCACCUUCAUCGCCCACCUGGAAGAGGGAGAUAUUCCGAGGACCAGCCUGCAGAUAGAAUUUGGCGAUGGUACUGCAGUUACCUAUGCUAAUCUCAGCUCCGUCAAAGGAGGGAUCAAGCAUGUCUACAAGCACGGCGGAGUCUACCGUGUCAUCGCAAAAGCAAAGAACAACCUGGGAUCCACGCGAGCCAUCCUGUUCCUGCAUGUAAAUUGUCCUAUCGAGCACGUGCACCUGUCCCUGCCUUACGUUGCAAUCACCAACCAGGAGGUGAAUUUGACAGCUGUGGUGUUGCCCAGUACAACUGGCCCUCUCACUUACUUCUGGUGGAUUGAAAACAAGACGGAGCCCAUCAUCACCCUGGAGGACAAAGCUUCCGUCAGGUUCUCCAAAGAGGGAAUAAAUAGCAUCACUGUGCAAGUGUCCGCUGGCAGUUCCAUUCUCCAAGAUGUAAAGAGUAUAGCCAUAUUUGAUUCCUACCGCUCAUUGCUGCUGUCGUUUACGCCCAACCUGGAAGAUCACAACCCAGACAUUCCUGAGUGGAGGCAAGAUCUGAGCAGGCUUGUCAAAAGAACUCUCGGAGAAGUCACAGCGUUACCAGAGCAACGGAUGUUGCUAGCCAUCCUGCCAGGCUUGCCGACUGCAGCAGAACUUUAUAUCCUCCCGCACCGAGAUGCUACAGAAGAGAGGUUAAACAGCAUGAGUCUAGAUCAGAUUUCAGACAUGGUGAUUAACGCACUGAAUCAGAAUCGGAUUCAAUUUGAGCUAAAGCCUGGCAUUCGGAUCAUUGUUUCCACUGCCCAUCUCACCUUAGCUCCUCUUGUGGAUUCCAGCCCAGGACACAGUGGUUCAGCUUUGUUGAUGCUGCUUUCUUUGGCCUUUGUUGGCUUAGCUGUUUUUGUAAUCUACAAAUUUAAAAGUGCUCUGAGCAGCCUUAUCCACCAUGUUGGAGGGACCGUCAGAGAGGAGUGGCCAUUGCGGGCACCUGGAGAAAACCCAACAACAACAGAAAGUGAGAGCACAAAAGAAAUUCCAAGCUAUGUUUAGCCCUGAGACUGCUGAAUCCACAUUGGAGAUGAACUUUUCUAUCUGACAACACACAAGGUUUUAGCUUUAAAACUGUGCAUGUGG